AUAUUAUUGCGGCUGCGGCUAGUCUUUGUUAUAGGAGGGCGACCUUCUAGGGCAGAGAGUUCUUGAGUUUCUGGAACUCACAGGCUGUGAAUGGCUGUGAUCGGACUAUAAAUAGUUGUAAGCGGCAACGCCAAACUUGCAGCAAAGCGACCAAAGCCGACAAACACAGCAACAGCAAGAAGCAAAAACUAGACGAAUACGUUCCGUUUUCUUUUGCAGAUGGGUGUAAGCGCGCUUUCAGGAGCGCGUCGUCUAUGGAUGGUCUAGCGUUCUCACCAGAUAAAGCGAUCAACGGUGAUAUAUUGAUGGAUUACAUACCCAUGAAAAUUCACAUCAAAAAUGAUAAAUUGACGACAAGUCCUACUCCUGAUUCAUUUACUAUGGUCACUCAAUCUUUCAUAAAUAAUAUGCACUCGGCAGGAGUACUAUUUUCUACGAGGCAGAACCAAGGCACGCCGCUUGAAGUAACUUUUCAGCUCCCAGAGGAGGAGGAAUCCUUGCAGAUCAUGUCUCGCCAACCCGCAGCAGACAUUAUCGAUGUGCUCUUGACGAAAAAGGGUUAUGGCAAACUCUACAGAUUGACUGGUCCUUACGAACAACCAAACGACAGGCUGUUAGAUAUAUUGAACAUGGAAUUUCAUGACAAACCUGAAUUGCUGGGCCAAAUUGCGGAACUCCUUGUCAAUGGAAUUAUACGUUCCAAGAAUCAUUCGAUUAACAUUUUAACUGUGGAGGUUUACUCGCGCCACGCGUCUAUCGAUAUACACAACGAAUCGGAGUUAUGGGAGACUACUAUUCCCGUGGAAGGGCGCUUAUUUUGUGGGACUGUGCCAGCGUCAGAUGGCAAAGGUCUGAAACAAAAACUAAUGAUUGGAACUAAUAGUAUGAAUGCUCUUUGCACGUGCUCUGUGGUACUGGGUGACUGUUGAGGAUAUCAUAGAUAUAAUAAUAAAGUUAAUUGUCACAUCACAUUAAGGAUGGAUAAUAAAUAUAAAAGCU